UUCUCCCGCUCCACACCUCUCACAACCUCUUUCGAAACAUCCGCGCUUGCUUGCUCCUUCCCCACCCCGCAUCUCCCCGCCACCGGGAAACACCUAUCCAGGCCGCCCCUCCACACUUCUUCCGGACCCCAUAAGCUCCGACAGGCCCCCGCAGCGCUAGCGCCCAAUGGAGAGCUCUAUUCAACGCAGUCUAACUGAUAAGCUCUACGAUCGAAGGAAGCUCGGUGCACUUGAGUGGGUCACUAGCUCCUGUUGUUUGAAUCAGCUGAGGUAUAACACUGACCGAACCCUUCCUCCUCCGCUCUACAAAGGCUAGAAAAAACGAUUCGGGAAUGUGUCAUCCACGACGACCACGAGAAAGUCCGCAAAAUUAUCGACCAGCUUUGUCAUGAAUAUGCGUAUUCCGUACAUCAACCUCAUGCUCGCAAUGGCGGGUUGAUUGGUCUCGCUGCGGCAUCCAUCGCUCUUGGGCCUGUGGGGUUAUCCGCUCCUUUGACGAUGUUUUGGAGGGGGUUGACCUAAAUUUAAAUGAAAACGCCACAACUAACAGCUGUUUAGGAUGUCGCCCGGUAUCUAGGUGAAAUCGUCCCACCAGUUCUCGCCUGCUUUGCCGACCAGGACGCACGGGUUAGAUAUUACGCUUGUGAGAGCAUGUAUAACAUUGCAAAAGUGGCCAAGGGGGAAAUAUUACCAUUUUUCAACGAUGUGUUUGAUGCAUUAUCCAAGGUUCGUUCACAUCUCCCGUGCAGCCGCUCCCCGCCAAUUCGCAGGUUAAAUAUUUGUUCGGAGGUGCAGCUAGCAGCAGAUUCAGAGCUCUCGGUCAAGAACGGGGCGGAAUUGUUAGAUCGGCUUGUCAAGGAUAUCGUGGCUGAAUCCGCCGCCACCUACGUUUCUAUCCUGCAGUCCCCAGAACAAAGUAUCACGGAUGCACAAUCCGAUGAAAAUUCCCCGACCUAUGCUUCGGACACUGCGUUUCCCACUGCAUUCUCCCUACCCAGUUUUAUACCCCUUCUCACUGAGAGAAUACAUGUCGUGAAUCCCUUUACCCGCGUAUUUCUUGUAUCUUGGAUCACACUGCUGGAUUCAAUACCUGACUUAGAACUCGUAACAUACCUUCCAGAAUUUCUCGAAGGAUUAUUCAAGUUUCUUAGCGAUCCCGUUAAUGAUGUUCAGACAGCGACCCAACAUGCGUUGGAAGAGUUCUUGAUAGAAAUCAAGAGGAUCGCUAGGAUCAAGCGUGGUAUUGAGGAAUCUAGGAAAAGCCGAACAGGCAGGAUGUCACAAUCAAGGACACGCAGCAACAGCGAUAGUGGUGAUACGGAGGAAGGAGUAAGAUUGAGCGAAAAGUUAGGUUUAGAUGAGAGUGGGGAAGGAGUGCCCCCUCCGGAGGAAAAGGGACUUAGUGCGGAUGGAUCGUGGAUACCCGGACAAGAUGUUCUCGUUGACCACCAAAGGAUUCUAGAGAUAUUGAUUCCAUUCCUUGACGCUCCAGGUGGGUUAUUCACCUCGGACGGUGGUACCAAUUGUCCAAGAGGCUUACGUCGGAAAACAGAGGAAUCUAUUCAACUCACGGCUCUACGAUGGGUCGAAAGUUUCUUUGAUAUAUGUCCCGAGGAUCUCUUGCCUUUUGUCCCCCGGCUGCUAUCCCAUGUUCUCCCUGCGAUUGCACAUGAGGGGGAGAAUGUACGGAGAGCAGCUAUGAAGGUCAAUGCCUUAUUAUUAAGCCUGAUAAUAUCACUGUCCGAUGAUGUUGCAGGAGAACCCGCGACAUCGCCGCCAAUGUCGAGAAAUCCUACUAGAGAAAGUACGGUUAGUGGUGAUAGAAGGGACUCACAAGCUCGACAACCUCUGUCGAAGGAUUCAGAUUUGGGCAGACGAACGCCCUCCUCCAUACCUCCCGUUACAACACCAGUGCCCCCAGCAAGUCCCACACCGCCCAAAACUGCCGAUCUUGACUAUUCGGCCACUGUCAACGCUCUGACAUUACAGUUUUUGAACGAACACGAACAGACACGGGUGGUGGCGCUGGAAUGGCUAUUGAUGCUCCACAGGAAAGCGCCUCGUAAGGUCUGUUCUUUCGGGUUCGGAUUCGGAUUCGGGCAUUUAUACAUCUCUACUAACGGUUAAAAGAUGUUGGCAAUUAAUGACGGAACGUUCCCCGCACUUCUUAAGACCCUCUCGGAUCCCAGCGAUCAGGUCGUGACCAGGGAUCUACAACUACUUUCCCAAAUUUCCCACAACAGUGAAGACAACUACUUUACCUCUUUUAUGGUCGAUCUCCUAUCGCUGUUUAGCACAGAUCGGCGGUUACUAGAGACGAAGGGAAAUCUGAUUAUCAGGCAUUUAUGUGUUAAUCUUAACCCAGAGCGGAUAUACAGAACGCUGGCGGACAUUUUGGAGAAGGAUGAAGAUGUCGAAUUUGCAAGUAUCAUGGUCCAGAACCUGAACAAUAACUUAAUGACAGCCCCUGAGCUUGCCGACUUGAGGAAGCGGUUGAGGAGUUUGGAUACCAAGGUUUGAUAUUAUCGUGCUAAUCGCCCCGCAUGUGAAGGAGAUGCUGAGUACAAUACCACAUAGGACGGCCAAGCUUUCUUUGUAAGUCUGUUCAGAUCCUGGUGCCAUAACGCUGUCGCAACUUUCUCGUUGUGUCUUAUGGCCCAGGCUUACGAACAGGCGUCCAACCUCUUGCAAAUUUUGUUUGUCUCCGCUCCCGGUUACUCCCGGAUGCGGGCAGUACCGCGUCACGCCUUCAUCCGAGUGCUAAUCUAUGAAUCUGUAUAUAGUGCCGAACUGGAAAUAACGGUCAACCUCCUAAUCCAAGUCGACAAACUAGUUCAACUUCUUGAAUCCCCAGUCUUCACAUGUACCUUUUCCAUCACCGACCUACCUUUUAUUACCCCAUCGCUGACCAAAUUCUCUCUUUCCGAAUAAUGCAGAUCUCCGCCUCCAGCUGCUCGAGCCCGAAAAGCACCCGUACCUCUACAAGUGCCUCUACGGUCUCCUCAUGCUCCUCCCACAAUCCUCCGCAUUUGCCCUCCUAAAGAACCGUCUGAACAGUGUGAGCGCGAUAGGGUACUUGCACAUCGCCCCGAGAGCGUAUGACCCACCCUCCUCUCUUCAAGGGAAGAGUAGCGCUAACACCGCGCCUCCCGGAUCCAGAAGUUCCGCCCCGUACGAGCGCCCCACAAGAUUGAAGGGCCGCGGCGACGAGAUCAAGUGGAUCGAACUUCUGGAGAAGUUCAAGACGGUGCAGGAUAAAGCCAGGAGACAGCAGAUGCAGUAUAAUGCGAAGGCCACGGCGAAUCACGGUUCCAUGGCGAGCGGUGGUAAGGGCGGUGGCACUGGGGCUACCGCUUCGAUUUUGUCUCCGUCGAGGACGCCCACGCCCGCUGGGUCCGCGACGAACGCUGCUGGCACGAACGCACCCCGGGCGGGACGGGGAGGCGCCAGUGGGGGUGGUGGUGGUGGGGGGUUGGGCAUAGGGCGGUUGGCGUCUGGGAGAAGGGCGAGGAAUAAGUAG